UGCAUGAUAGAUAGCGCCCUAGUCACCGAAAGUAUGGCACGUCUCCGUAUCUAGUAUGUUAUUAGUCAUCUGUGUUUAUACGGCCAAUGACCAGUCGAAAGUCACCUGAAUGAUCGGAGUUUUUGUUAUAGAGUUGUAGAUUAGUUUAAUUUCUGUAAAUUGUAAAUAUAUAGUCUAUUUUAAAAUGGGCAUAUUUUCUACGUCUUCGCCAUUUGAUGCGGAUGUUGAGAAAGCAACAAAUGAGAAGAAUACUUCGGAGGAUUGGGGUCUGAUCAUGGACAUAUGUGACAAAGUGGGGAGUAAUCCCACACAUGCAAAGGAUUGUUUGCGGGCCAUUGUGAAACGUCUAAACAACCAGGACCCUCACAUUGUAAUGCAAGCUAUCACGCUGCUGGAUGCCUGUGUUAGUAAUUGUGGGAAAUCUUUCCACUUGGAAAUAGCCUCCAGAGAAUUCGAGAGUGAGUUUCGGAAACUACACGGUCGAAGUCAACCUCGUGUGGCAGAGAAAUUGCGACAGCUGUUAAAAAAGUGGGCAGAAGGGGAGUUCAAAACAGAUCCCCAACUUAAUCUUAUUCCAUCAUUGUAUGCAAAACUUAAGCAAGAAGGAAUUGAUUUCUCAGCUCACUCAGAAAUGCCCCGACAAACAGCACCAUUGAGUCGUGAUCCGAAUGUAGUAUCCAGUCAGCAGGAAGAGGAUGAUAUUGCUAAAGCUAUUGAAUUAUCAUUAAAAGAGAAUCAGCAAUCGCCAAAGGCUCAAUCAAGCUUAUAUCCUUCAACUAGCCUUGGUGCUAGUUCAACAGCCCGAGAACCAGAGGCUCGAAAAGUUCGGGCUCUCUAUGACUUUGAAGCAGCUGAAGAUAAUGAACUGACAUUUUCUGCUGGUGAAAUAAUUCACAUCUUGGAUGACUCUGAUCCUAAUUGGUGGAAGGGCUACAAUCAUCGAGGAGAAGGAUUGUUUCCUGCCAACUUUGUGACAGCAGACCUUUCUGUUGAACCUGAACAAUUCAAGCUAGAUCAGAAUAAGAAAGCUGUACAGUUCAAUGAAGAGGUGCAAGUGAAGACUGUAGAAACACCAGUUGCUGAAGUGGAAAUUGAUGAACAGAAGAUAGACAGGUUAUUACAUUUGUUGCACGAGGCUGAUCCUUGUGAGGAUCAGACAGAUUCUGAAGAAAUUGUCACUCUUGAAGAACAAGUAAAUGCAAUGGGACCUCUUAUUGACCAAGAACUGGAACGUGUGGAUCGUAAGCAUGCUCAGCUGACGCAGUUGAGUGCAGAUCUUGUAGAUGCACUCAAUUUGUACCAUACUCUGAUGCGAGAACCUGCUACUACCCAAACAUACCAUACUCUACCUAAGCCUGUGCAUUACAACUUUGGUCCCCAGCAACCUCCACCGGGACCACCAACACAUUUAUACAAUGGUGUUCCAAUGACUGCGCCAUUCCCACUGCCUCAGUACACAAUGGGGCCUGAUCAGUUUGGCAACCCAGGUGCUCCCGCUGGGCCUGGCUCUCUGCCUCCUGGCCCCCCUCAAUACCUAAUGGGUGCAGGGCGGCCGCCUCUGCCUCUGCCUCUGCCAGAAGAUGGCCAAGGGCCUCCCCAGGGCCCUCCACAGGGCCCUCCCCAAGGACCCCUACCGGGCCCCCCUCAUGGCCCCCCGCAGGGUCCUCCUCAGGGGCCUCCUGCACACAUGCAAUAUCCCCCUCAUGGUUCGUUGCCAGUUUACAAUACUUCAGCUCCACCCCACACUUUGCAACACCCUCCUCAGCCAGGAGUGUUUGGCCCUCCAGGCUCUACUCCGAGUCAGCAUCAGCAUCAACCACCCCCGCCAUCGGGGCCCCCUUCGACUCCAGGCCCUAGCUACCCCCCGAAUGGGCAACCUCUGCUGUGAAGAUUGCAAGGAAAAUAACUGGAAGAGUCAGCAGGUAGCCUUUGCACAUGAUUGUGCUGUGCUUCUGCAUCAACUUACUCCUUUUCAUUGGCAAACAGCUCAUGAGGAUGUGGUUCAGUCCUUCUGAAUUUUCUUCCUCCUAAUGCUGCUCUCUUUAUUUUAGUUGAGAACUAAAUUGCAAUUUUUAUUUUCUGUUUUACAGUUUUCCUGCUGAAAUUUUCUCUUCUUUUUUUCAUUGGUUUAUUUCAGAACACAUUUUAUAUCUAAUUCAAAUGCUGAACUCAGAUUGUAAUUGAUUUCUUGUACAUAAAGAGAUUUUAUAUGUAUGUGUGUGUGUAUACAUAUACAUAUACAUAUACAUAUAUAUAUAUAUAUAUAUAUAUAUAUAUAUAUAUAUAUAUAUUUUAUUUGCUCUUGCUGACUUAUUGAAAUGAUGUCAUUUUGUUGUUGGCCAGGAAAGGCUUCAUAUUUCCGCAAGCUGUACCUGGAUUUCCAUUUAAAAUUGAAUUGUCCUUGUGGCCUUAAAAUAGUUUAGUAUAUUGCAUUGUUUGAGUUGCCUUGAAUAAUACUUUGCGGGUCUGUGUUGCAAUAGUUCUUGUGCAUCGUUUUGUGAAUAAAUGGCCUGUGUGUGUGAGAAUUUAGCAAUGUAUUUGGUACUUGAGAAAAACUACAUUCCUUUGGUUCUCUGUCAUAGAACUCAAUCUCUUCUACCUAUAACAAAGUCAGUUGCCACAUUUUGGUAGAUUGAUUUUGUUUGACUGGUAAGACAGUUAUCUAUUCCCAUUUAUAGUGCAAAAUUUGGUAUAUACAAGAACAGUGUCAUACAUGUUUUCACUAACUGUAAUGUUGAAGUUUACAAUUGUAUAUAAGCCUGUAUAAGGAGAAACGUUUGCUAUAUUGUAUUAAAUCGUUGUACAUGACUUC